CACUCACUGGUGGCAUUGUCAUGGAAACUAGACCACCGCCUCGCUAUUGUCUCGCGCUCUGCCAAGUUUAUUAUAAACACUGCGCGAGCCGCAGCGCACUGUCAAAACGGAGCGCGAGAGCAGAGAGCGAGCUGCAGUCCAGGGGAAGAAGCACCGAGGGGAGAAAAACCCAGGAGCAAGAGAAAGUGAAGGAGGACAGCGGAGAGCUGUAGAGAGAACAAAAGGGAAAACAUCUGGAUUAUUUACCAAAGAAAAACAGCCGCGUGACAGUGAGAUAUAAAAAUCUGGACAAGGAGUUUUGAAGAGACGAAACCAACAGUCCCGGGAGAUACUGGGGACACAGACCAACUCCGACCGGUUUGAACAAUAGUCACUAUAUCUCCUAAAAAUAAAAGGCGGCUGAAGACACACCAGAGCUUCUCAGAGUUCACCUCGUCGUGUUUGGCUUGCAGACCGGUGUUUGCACCGGCUCCUCUCCAUGUAUAAAAUGGAUUACUCCUAUCUGAACUCCUAUGACUCCUGCAUGGCGGCCAUGGAAGCGUCGGCCUACGCGGACUUCAGCUCGUGCAGCCAGGCCAGCUCCUUCCAGUACAACCCGAUCCGGAGCGGACCGUUCUCCAACCCGGGCUGCACUCCGCUCAGCACGGCCAGCUGCACCCUGGGAGCGCUGCGAGAGCACCAGCCCACACCGUACUCCUCAGUCCCUUACAAGUUUUUCUCGGACCCCUCCGGCCUGAACGAGAAGCGGAAGCAGCGGCGCAUCAGGACCACCUUCACCAGCUCCCAGCUGAAGGAGCUGGAGCGCGUGUUUGCCGAGACGCACUAUCCUGACAUCUACACCCGCGAGGAGCUGGCGCUGAAGAUAGACCUGACCGAGGCGCGAGUACAGGUGUGGUUUCAGAACAGGCGCGCCAAGUUUCGUAAGCAGGAGCGCGCAGCCAACGCCAAAGUCAGCAACUCUGGCGGCACCACGGGCAGCAGCUCCGGCAGCAGUUCUGGAUGCAAGAAGGGCGGAGAGCUGAGGUCUUCCUCUGACGACGACGAGUCCAAAGAAUCCACCUGCAGCCCCACGCCGGACAGCACGGCCUCCCUGCCGGGCUCGGCCAACGGGAACCUGGGCAGCCCCGCCAGCCUGAGUCCCAGCCCGGUUCCCAUCAACAGCGGCUACAUCAACACCUCCAGCUCCCCGGUCCUCCAGGGGCUGAAGCCGCCCAGCUGGUCCAGCAUGGGGCCGUCCAACCCGGCCGUGGCCCAGCCGGCUGCCCAGACUCAGGAGAUUCUGAAGGCCUGGCAGCCGGCGGACAGUAUGACCGGGCCCUUUGCUGGAGUCCUGUCCUCCUUCCACAGAAAACCCAACCCCGGCAUCAAGACGAACCUGUUCUGAAGCACAGGGAGAGAAAAUGAGAAGCAAAACAUUGUGCUGUCUGUACUGGAACAGUGAAGAGUUUCUUACCCAUUAUAACACUGAGUUCACUGGGGUAGUCGGCUGUAUAGGUCAGGGAGGCCCUCCGUCAUCCAAAAAAAAAAUAAAAAUCCUGUCAAACUGAUUCAAAGCAAAGACAAUAAAGUCAAACGUUUUGGUCACCAUCUCUCAACCCUAAAACAAUAUUAUGCAACUGCACCUGCAAAACUCUGGACACGGUCAGUUUCCUAAACCUGCGAUGACUUUAACUCUUCACUCUCAGAAGAGUAGCCCCUCCUCCGCAGAUAUAAAACACUAAAAGGAUGUUUGUGUGUCGCCGAAUCACAACCGCUUUUGACUUGAUAAACACAUCAGAAUAUGCAUAGCCGCAUUUAAUACAGCCUCUUUUCACUCUUUCUUGCUCACUUAGAAACUCAACAUUCCCACGGAGCCCUUUGGAGAGCCACACAUGCGCCCUGAUGAGCAUGGCGGUCAGGUACACGCGGGGUUUAAAGCAGAAAUCUAAACAUCACGCUCCGGUCUCUGCUGGGGAAAACUAAACAAACUAAACUUUUAUCCUCAAGCACAACUUCCUCUAAGCUCUGCUGACACACAGACUCCCACCAGAAAGGGAACAGGGUCUUUGCCUAAGCAGAGCAGGGCACCCUCAAAAUCCAAUUAGAGCAGCAGGGUCCAGACCAGACACCUCCCCAGUUCAUCCCUUCGUCCUCCUUAUUCUUUACUGUAUCAAGUCCUGACUCCCUUAGUCUCAUCCUCAAUGUAACCCCCCCUCCUUCAGGCUUUAUGGUCCCAUCCCAUCUCUCAGUCCCAUCAUGCCUUUCUCUAUCAAACAGUGGGCACUUUGUUCAAAUUCAGCAAGAGGAAAGUAACAAUUUGAGGCUCAUGGAGUUCCCUGUCCUGUUCUUUGGGUGGAGAGAGGUGUAAAAGAUGUAGUUAUCCAAAGAGCAGAACCUACACAGCUGUCAAUCUUAAUUAUUCCUGACUUGUCUCAUGGUACUCCAACAUGGUUUAUCACUGUUGUCACUGACUGAAGAGUUGUUUGAUGAGUCUCCUGCUGGACUGAUGGGAAGGAAUGAGUUUGUUGCUUCUGUCUGCGGUGUGAACUCUAUCGGACUAACAACUCAUCACCCACUCCGGCUCUCUCAUCAGUGUUUUUUAUUUUUAUUAACUCUCCCACAGCCGACGAAUAUGGGUCUUUGUCAGAAAUGCAACACAAGCUGGUAACAUGUUGGCAAUAUAUAGAGAGAGAUGCAGACAGUUGCUGGAGUUUUCUACUGUAUGUCCAUAACUAUCUGUUCCGUGUUUCUUUUGCAAAAAAAUGAAAAAAGCAGCUGUUUGUAUUUCCUCUCAACUUGCGAAUUGUGUAUCAUCUCUAUUUCAUUUUGUAGCAAAUCACUGAAACAACACUGAUUUCAGAGCUGACUUUUUAAAGAGGGUUUACUCCAGAGAUCUACUCAAAGAGAGGGGGGGGGGGGGGGGGAAACAUGUAUUUAUUAAU